AUGCGCAUAUCCUUCGUCUUGAGCUUGAUGGCCUUGCCGGCCGCUUGGGCUGCAGCGCAACCUCAAAGCACGUCCAAUUCUGCUGGAGAGAAUGACUUGAGUCAGCUCUAUUACAUUCCAAACAACCAGAAACCACGAGUAUUUGUGUGUACCGACAUUCUCAACGAGCCCGAUGACCAGGAGUCUGUCGUGCGCUAUCUCUUGUACUCGAAUCAGUUCAACACGCGCGCUCUAUGCACGACGACCUCAACCUGGUUAAGGAACUCAACCCAUCCGGAGGCCGUUCAGCACAUUGUCAACGCAUACAGGACGGUUGUAAACAACCUCAACCAGCACGUGCACCCGCAGAACCAAUAUGCUCCGGCCGACAUCAUGACGUCGCUGAUUACGUCGGGUCCAACUGUCUAUGGUAAGGCAGCCUUGGAACAACCACUAAGUGAUGGCGCUUCAUUGCUCAUCGAGCGCCUUCAGGAAUCGGAAGACCCACUAUGGGACGACACGGGUGAAUGGAUCCGCAACGGCUGGCCGGAUAUCUUCUGGAUUGCCUCAAUUCACACCUUCGGCAACUACGACUUGGCAACCUGGCAAGGAAUGUGGACAGGCUUGCCAGACAUGGUCCAAAAGGUCAGCCAGCCGUGGAUCGGCCAAAACAUCCAGGUAGGCCCGCUGGGCGCCGUGUACCCGAGUCGAAAUGUGGGCGCCGAAAGUGACACGCCCUCCUUCCUGUGCCUGAUUCAGAACGGGUUGGGCGAUCGUGACCAUCCCGGUUACGGCAGCUGGGGUGGCCGCUAUGGUCCUAUCAACAUCGGCGGCGUACGCUGGGCCGAUACGGAGGAUACUUUCUACUACGUGCAGGAGGGCAAAAAUGAGACGAGCAACAAGGCCACCGUCGCUCGCUGGCGUGACCACUUCCAGAACGACAUAGCCACACGCAUGCAGUGGACACUGAGCCCGAGCUUCGCGGACGGAGUACACCCACCCGUCCCUCGCAUCAACGGCACCGCCGGCCCAGCUCCAAUCCGCAUGAUAGUCACGCCGGGCUCCCAGGUUGUGCGACUUUGA